GAACUCCCACCUUGACCAAUCAUACGGGUCGCUGGAAACACGUGACGUUACAUUGUAGGUUAUGUUUACUUAAUCUUGUCAUGGUGAAAAAUAUCCUGGUUUUUGUACCAAAUUCGCUCCAUUUAAACAAAACUGGGUAUUUAGAGGGUGUUCGUAACGAGAGUGACGAAUGUGCGGCGUAUUACAUCACGAAUGACGCACCACUGAAGGAAAAAUCGAACAACGUUGUGGGGUAUUUGAGCAACGAUGUAACCAGAGUCAAAAGGGACUCCAGGACUUUGCACAUAGACAAUGCGACCUCGAAAAUCACUCUCAUCAAUUAUAGUAACCCCAACGUGGUCAGAAUUGUGUACGACUUUAAGGCAUUCCGGGACUGCGACGAGUUGAACCCAGAGGUUCAGUAUGGGGUUCAUUUUAAAUUUUUGAGCUGCAACGUCAGAAAAAGGCGGCGAGUGAGUGAUGAAAAUGGGCGCAAAAGUCUAGCGUUCAGGCUACUGUUAUUUUUUAAUGUUUUGUUGGAAGGACUGGUGACAGUUUUUAAUAAAACAAAACCACUGUGGGGGUAUUCAGCCACAGUUACGCAUUUUCGUGACAACCUAGAGUCAUAUAAAUGGUUUAUUGAGCAGUUAUUGAAAGAAAAGCGCUUGACUCCAAAGAGCGGCAAUCUUCUAUUUUCAAAAAUUUUUGAUUUGGUUUUGGGGGUGUUGUUGUUGAGGUUUUUCCUAGAACAUGAGGACUUCAUUGUUAGGUUUAUUGAAAACGUGAGAGAAAAUAUCAUUCAUAAUUUCCGCGAUCUUUUGAUUUAUCUGAUGGGGUCACCCAUUGGUUUGAAAUUGAAUUAUGCAUUUAAUAAGUCAUUAGGGACAUUUUUCUUCUACCACAUAUCCCUGUGGAGGGUUUUCUUAAUAACAAUGCAACCCUUUCUUAAGGAAUAUUUUAGAUUCCUGGUGUUACCAGCCGUGUUUGGGUUUUCUUACCAAAUAGCGAUGCUUUCUGAUCUCAUUUCAAUUGCCACUUUUCACGUGUAUUGCAUCUAUGUGUACGCCGCCAGGUUAAUUUAUUUUCAACUUAAGGGUUUAUUGUCUCUGUGGCGCUUAUUUAUUGGGAGAAAAUAUAACCCUCUUAGAACAAGAGUGGACUCUUAUCAGUAUUCCCAACAUCAGUUAUUUAUUGGUACUUUAGGGUUUACUGUGUUGUUGUUUCUUCUACCAACCACCGCCAUGUAUUACGCCGUGUUUGUUACAUUUAGGUUGGUCAUACUUAUAGUUGAAGAAAUUCUGACGAAGAUUCGUUACGUUCUGCAGUGCCUUCCUAUCUACGUCUUCAUUUUAUUCCUGGCGAGUUCCUCACAUAUGGCAGGGCCAAUAUGUCUAAAAAGCAAAAAAUCCAAAGACGGCAUUCCUACGUUUGAGGCGCACUUACAGAUGCUGCCGCUGCUGAAAAGCAUCAAAACGUUUGCCCCCGAAGUCGCAAAUCCCGCACCUAGUCUCAGUUUGGGUAAAAUUUUCACAGGUGUAUUACUUUAAAUGUUUAUUUUCAUCUAUGAUACAGUAAUAAAUAUUUGCACCUUAACUUAUGGAAUAUGCAUUAAAAAUAUAAAAUUUGUACCUAAUUAUUAGUGAUUGGAUUGAAUAAAUUAUUACAAAAAACGGCAAACUAGUAAAACGCAAAACCCGUUUUAAAUUACUCUACUCAAUAUUAAAUAUGUGAAAAAAUAUAUUAUUUUUGAAUGAAAGGCAGCAACGAAACCUUAAUUUACGUCAGCUCGAGACGUAAACAAGUUUGAAAGAUGAACCCAGUCACACGGUUAUUCACGAUAAUAUUUACAUAUAUUAAAGGAAUAGUUGCUUUAAGCGAAAAACAUCACCUAUCUAGAAAAAUUAUCACCAAAAUUAUUUACAGAAUGUUAAAGGAACUCCUGACUUAAAAUAAUAUCACGAAGCACUGACAAAGAUCACUUUUUCCACCGUAUUUAAUACAAGUUGAACAAAAAAAAGCUACAGAACAAACAUAAUACUGGACAAUGAGAGAGUUUUGUUUUUAAGCCAGACGUACCUAAAACACUGAUUACUUUUACUAUAUGUGGUUCCCGAUUCGAAAACCCUCGGGAUCAAACCUUUACUCUCAUUUGGACAGGCCUUGGAUGCUCGGAGCGGGACUAUUUUUGGCCGAAUGUCGACUCCUGAAACGUCACCGAUUAGCACAAACCGGCGCGUUUUGGCGUUUACCUGAGAUCAUUCGAACCGAUGUCUCGGUAAUCGAAUCGGCUUUUUUCCAGUCGGCGCUCUAGACCCUAAAACAUGAAGGUAUGUGAGUAUCGAGAGCGGGGCAGGACGGAUUAUGCCCCAGCCUUAGAAGCAUAAACGCACCUCGGUGUGUUAUUGGUGGGAUUAACGGCAGAUGGCGGGCAAACUGUACAUUUAUACCGGCCGCAUUGUGAACAAAGGAAACGAGACAACUGGAAGCAACACAGAAACGUGCAAACACAUGCAGGCUACCAACAAAAUAGAAAACAAUAUCCUAACACCUGUUCCGGUUUAACGAAAAGCGAGUUCUACACCCGACUACUUAUUUAUUAAGGGGGUUGUUUACUUACCCCGACUUUUCGGAUGAGGUCGCUUACGAUGUUUAAGGCCAUUACACGAGACGCCGGUGUUAUGGGCGCUUGAUAUGGUAGCUGAUCUUCUGGAAAAAACAUAUUUUAGCUUUUGUGGUUGGAUAUUGCUGAGGGGUGAUUAUAAGCAUGAGUUAAGCAACAAACAACCCUUCCACAAGUUAAAAGUGUAACAGCGGAUGAUAAUGGAUAAAGCAACUGUUUGAUGAUUGUUCUCAAAAUAAACAUUUCUUUAAAGAA